UAAAGAUGAGCAGUAGUUGUUGAACGCGGUUUUGGGAAAGACGUUUAAAAAGAAUUAUUUGAAAAAAAAACGGAAAAUAAAUCUAAUGAAUUAAUAUUAUCUAAACGUUGCAUCAUGAAGAGCAGUGUAAUUAGUAUUCUAGUGAGCAUCGCCUGUUGUGCGGUUAUACAAUGUCAGGCGGCCCGCAUAUUGGGAGUAUUUCCCUCACCCUCUAAGUCGCAUGUUUUAAUACAUUGUGCUGUAGCAGAUGCUUUAGCCGAGGCAGGGCAUGAGGUCACGGUCAUUGCCACCGUACCCAAUAUGUUAAAAAAAGCUAAAUACAAUUUCCUACAUGUUGAAGGUCCCAUGUUCGAUAGUAACUUUGCUCAGGAAAUGCUUAAUAAACCUGCCUCAAUUUAUAGAAAAUUCAAUGGCAUUAUCUCGCAUGUCAUUGAUAUGGCCAAUGUCACCAUGAAUCAGCCAAAAAUUCACAAUUUUCUACAGACUCAUAAGGCGGGUGAUUUUGAUGCUGUUAUUUUGGGUUAUUUUAUGAAUGAUUUUAUGCUGGGCUUUGGGGCACACUUUCAGUGUCCCAUUAUUCUAUCGUUUAUGGUGCAACCGAUAUUUCCGAUUAACAAAAUGAUCGGUAAUCCUUUGGAGGCUUCAUAUGUACCCACUUUGUAUAGUGGCUAUAAGCAACCUAUGGAUUUUGCUAGCAGAGUAAAAAACUUUUUGGCCAAUGGUUUUGAGCAUCUGGUAUUGGGAAAUCUGAUGCAAAGGAAACUUGAAACGAUGUAUGGGUAAGUGAAGAUAAAGAACAUUUAGUUAU